AUGCAUUGCCGUCGACCUUCGUUCCUUCAGCUACUCUCUUAUUUUCUCACUGCUUUGCUCUUUCCUAUCACCUGCCUUUCAUCGCUCGCUUUAAUUUUCCCCAUAUCAACAGCAUGUAUUAUAUUAAGUUAUGUACUUGUAUAUGCGCAAAAUUUCUUUCUCACAUUCUACGAUGUCUCUCCCGAUGAGCUGAUCGAGCGAAGGAAGCAAGGGAAAAAAGGCAUAACAACAUAUCACUUUAUCGUGAAUCAACGGCGAAAAACAGCAGCUAAAGUGUCACGGGAGACUAUAUCAGCACAAAACGAAAUAAGCGAUCAUCGUUGGAGACCUCGUGAACUUGCUAUAGAUGCGUUGAGAGAUACAUCAACUUCGAGGGUUGGAGAUGUACAACAACCGCAGCCUUCCUAUUUACAAGUGCACGAUAAUUACAGGUCUCAAGAGCCUCACACUCCUAUGGAUCUACGACCUCUUCAUAACUCUGUGGAACCUCAAAAUUAA